GGGCAGGCUGGAGUCUAGGCUCAAUGAGACCUCGCACCCACGGCGCCCCCCCGCGCAACAUCAUGUCCACCAUCCCCAAGUGGUUCAAAGGGGCGCCCUUUGGGGUGCAGAGCCACAGUCUCUCUACAUAACCCUGGGUGUCUUGGAACUCACUCUAUAGACCAGGCUGACUUCAAAGUCAUAGAGAUCCACCUGUCUCUGCCGCCCAAGUGCUGGGAUUAAAGGUUUGAUGUCUCCGCUGUCUAUCCCAACCAGAAGAAAUUCAGCACCUUCACAGAGGCCCCAUACUCCAGACAUCAUUCGGUGGAACUGUCCCACAUAGGACCUGGGACCUAUAACUCCAAGGAUACCUGCUUCAGCAAGAAGUUCCUGGAACAGAAGUUGGGCUCAGGAUGGUCCCAGGCCCACGAAGCCACUCGGCUGACCCAGCUACCCCACUUCCACUACCAGGCCAUCAAGAAGGAAAAAGAGCAGCAGGUGCACAAGCGUGGCCCUGGCUCCUACAACAUCAAAGACUUCAUAACUGAGCUGCAGAAGAAACCACAGAGCAAACGGGGGCUGCUCAGCUCUGGGGAGACACGUUUCCGAGGUUUUAUUGGGAAUUAUUAUCCUGGCCCUGGAAAUUAUGGGGAGAAGGGGAACCCGUACACACAGCUGGAGGAGAAGGCCUGGAACCGCUCACAUUCUGACGGCCUGAUGUGUAGAGUGUCUAACAAGCCACCCUUGUUUCAUCAGGGCAGUGGCCUGGGACCUGGUACCUACACCAUCAAAAGCGAUCUUGAGACCUUUGUGAAAAAGUCCACUGGUAAUCGUGGCCCCUAUGACAUUUUCUCUGGUGAACGGAGCAGUCCUUUGCCCUAUGGACAUUACUCUGUGCAGAAAAUGAAGCCCAAGGAACUGACAGAUUACAAGAGCUUUCUGGACGAAAUGAACUCACAACACAAGAAGAAACAAGGGGUUUUCUCGAAAUAUCCCCGAGAUCCGAAACACCCCACAGAGAGAAUUUUCUGGACAACCCUUAGUCAGUGCCCCAAAAAUAUGGAUAUAGCUGGCCCUGGUUCUUGGCUUCCUCAUGAGACGGAACAGAAACAUGUCAACCGGCCACCGUUCCUCCUGGCCUCCAAACGGUGCGGCCUAAAGGCCUACCAGAUGAUUUUGGGAACCUGGAACCCAGUUGGCGUAGGCCGCUAUCUCAACACCACGCUGAUGGAGUCCAUAGACCGAAGGCAGCGAUACCGUUCUCUGUACAUGAGUGAGCCCAAGCGAUACCUGCAAGACCUAACCCGAGACAGACUCAUGCAGAAACGGAUUACACCUAUUACGAAGGGCAAGUGCCGUCCAACUGUGGACUACAAUUCAGAUCCUACUCCUUAAAGCCACUCGGGAAGAACAGCCUGAUGCAACCAGAGAGCCCAAGGCCAGAAGAGAAAUCUUGAGAUGGGAAAGGAAGCAGGGAUCUUGGAGAAUGCCUGGGUGAGGGGAGAAGGCAGGAGGGUCAUCUUUGCUGUAGCCCUGCGGUCAAAAGUCACAGUGUCUACUGGGACAGCAGGGGGACCAGGUAUCUUUUGUUACAAGAGAUCCAUUGUCCUAAGCAUUCCAGUCAGCUGGUGACGUGAAUUUGGGAGCCAGAGAGCAGGUGGAUGGAAGAGGGGGUCGUGGGUGACUUCCUGGAACCCCUUGCACUGUGAAGCUAGAGCGUGGGUACCUAACUCACCGUUGUCCCAGAAUGAGGCGGGGAGAGGAGCAUUUGUUACGUAGCAGUCUGGGACCUGUAGGAAAACCCCAUCUCCAUGCUAGGGUGCUCUGGACACUCAACAGAGCCUCGUGCUGGGAGGAGACUGCUGACUUCCAGUGUUCAGCCAUUGAAGCGCUGUACCCCACUUUAGCAUUGUGGGCCACCAGUGUGGUUAGAGGUGGGUCCUCGGGGGUGAGUGACAACAUCCUGUGACGUUCCCCCUCACUGUUUACAUCAAUGACAGUGGUGGGGGGAGCCAGUUGUCCCCUGGAGAAGAGGAUGAGGAGACCUGACAGACUCAGCCACAGAACUUACAUAAUAAAGCGAUUUCAGACAUGUUUUCAGA